UUUGCACAGCAUCCAGUCAGUUAGCCGGUGCUCGUGAUUGCUAGAGCUUAUGCCCGUAUUCGCGGCACGAUCCUUUCACUUUCUGCAUCCACGUACAUAGAUCAUUUACCAUGAAUCGAAUGAUCGUACUGUUUCUUGCUCUCGUGGUUGCGGUCCUCGCAGAGCAGAAGACCGCCCGCGUACAGUUGACGCCUCACAAUGCCCAAACGAGAAACGUGACAGGGGAGUUGAACCUCGUUCAAGACGCCGACAAUUCCAUUUUGAUUACCGGCAGAAUUAGAGGACUCACGGAAGGGUUACACGGCUUCCACGUGCACGAAAAAGGAGAUCUUAAGGAUGGAUGCACGUCCACCGGCCCGCACUUCAAUCCGCGGAAGGUACAUCAUGGUGCACCGCAUGACUCGGUGAGACACGUUGGCGAUUUGGGAAAUAUUCGGGCGAACGAUCAAGGGGAAGCGACGGUCCACAUCAGGGACAACGUCAUUUCCUUCUCUGGUGAAAACAACAUCGUCGGGCGCGCGUUCGUUGUGCAUUCCGGGGUGGAUGAUCUAGGAAAAGGAAACAGCACGCUCUCUUCGACCACUGGGAACGCAGGAGAUCGCUGGGCUUGCGGUAUCAUCGAGCUUGUUUAAAAUUCACGCAUCUUGUCCGAUGUUCUCUUCCCCUUAUACAAUUAUUCUAAUAACAUUGUACACCGUGACCCUGUGACUCGUAUGUACUCGCGUAAUAAAGGGAACAGACCUAAGAACAUGUA